CCGUAAGGACACAAACCUGUCAUAAUCCAUCUGCAUGAAGUGAAUAAAAAGGGAGCAGCCGCGGCAAAGCAGGUGAUCGUUUGCAGAGGAAGGAGGACCCGGAGCUGACACUGCCCCCCCCCCCCCUCCCUCAACACAGAUACACACACCUGGGCCUCCAGCAGAGUAUGCAGACCAGUCACAGAGGAGGACCUUGGCUCAGGAGGCAGUUGACUUUGUUUGCCAGUGAAAUGCCUUUUAGAGAACACAGGGAGUGAGCUGAGAUCUUCUGAGCUUGACAGGGAAUUCAGAAGUUAAGAAUAGGCCAAGAAGAGGAAAGAAAGGGGGGCCGACGAGUCCAGAGAAGUCCAAACAAAGAAUCCGUUGCUGAAGAUGGAUCAGCCCCCGCAGAUUUGGCACACGCAGAUCGCCCCCCAGGACACUGCUGGAGAGCCCAAGAAGAAGGUGUCCGUCGCCAGCCAGCCGGAGUGCUCCAUCUGCUACAACACCUACGACAAUGUCUUCAAAACGCCCAAGCUGCUCGAGUGCACCCACACUUUCUGCCUGGAGUGCCUCUCCCGCCUCAUGGCGGUCUCUCUGGCCGGCCAGGACAGUGACGGCGGCAGCCAUCGCCUUUCUUGCCCCUUCUGCCGUCAUCCCACCACCGUGCCCAAGGACGGCCCUCCGGCCCUGGCGACCAGCCGCGAGGUUCUCUGCAAGCUGCCCAGCCACCAGCAGCAGGCGGAGCCCGUGUGGCUGGAGGGGGAGAAGCUGUGUUACAAAUGCCCCGCGUACGACAACGCCGCCGCCGCCGCCGCCGCCACGGAGGUUCACAAGGGCCUCUGCGUGUGCAUCGACAUCGGGGCCAACAAGGCAGUGGAAGCUCCCGUCCAGCCGCAGCCCCGGACAUUCGGCCUGCUGCAGCGGCUGUCGGACUGGAAGAGGAUGGUGCUCUUCGUGGUGCUCACGGUGCUGCUCGUUGUGGUGGUGUUGUGGCCGCUGCAGUGCGUGUUCAGCUCUGGGGACAUGCGAUGCAUGCAAGCCAAGCCGCAGCCCACCGCGGUGCCUUCCACUACCGCCGGCCUGCUCGACAGGCCACCGGGUCAGAGAGCGUGACCUCACAGGGCCGGAUGGACUUUGUUUGGAGAACUUUUGGGCAUACUCAAUGUAGCAUGACUGUCGAUAUUACGACAUCGGACUUAAGUUGCCCCCAGAGUUGGUC